AUGCAAUUCUCCCGUAUCUCUGCUCUUGCUCUCGUUGUUGUCCUUGCGGACUUCAGCAUUGCUCUUCCCGUUAGCAAGGGCUCAUCGAUUGACGCUUUAGGCCAAAUCGUUCCAGCCAAUACCAGUGGUCUGCUCCGUCGCCAUGAAGGAAACCCAGGAUACGAGGCUGCUCAAGCAGGAGAGGGUCCAUUGGCCCCAGCCCACCCAACUGAAGUCCACCCAGCUCCAGUCCAACCAGUUGUGAUUCACCCAACUCCAGUUCACCCAGCUGCAGUCCACCCAACCCCAGUCCACCCAGGCACUGUUCAACCCGCCGAUGCCCAACCCGCCGGUGUUCAACCCGCCGAUGUCCAACCCGCCGAUGUCCAGCCCGCCAAUAUUCAACAAACUGGAUUUCACCCAGUCAUCAACAACCCAGAGCAAGUACAAGGCGAUCGAGAAGGAAAUUCCUUGAUCGAUGUGAACAACCAGCUCCUUCUUCCCAUUGAUAUCGAUUGCGUAGGAAUUGCUGUCUGCAACCCGGUUACAGUUAACAGAGAGGGAAGCACCAGUGCAUAA